CCUUCCUCUCUCACCCCCCUGUUGAUCUCUCUCUUUCUUCGUCUUUUUAAGUCUCGUGACAAUGAAUCCAUUUUCUUUUUAAACUCUGAGUUCCUCAAUGAUUUCAACCUUUUUGAACCCUUUGCCGCCUCUCUAAUUUCUCUCGUUCACAAUGAGAGAGGGGGGAGAGAGAGAGAGACAGAGGCAGGGAAGCGAGCUCGUCUUGUUCUAGCUAGUUCUCUCUAGCUUCAGAUUUGGGCUGCAGAAUGCGGGGAUUAGGGUUAGGGUUCUUUCUUCAUUGAUCCCGAGACCUCAGAUCCAGCUCUUUUGAGCGAAUUUAGGAAGGAGCUUGAUUAGGACAGUAUAGUAGAGCGUGAGAAAGAUAGCUGUUGGUACCAAAAUGGAACAAUAUGAGGUAUUGGAGCAGAUUGGGAAAGGUGCGUUUGGUUCUGCUCUCCUUGUGAGGCACAAGCUCGAAAAGAAAAGGUACGUUUUGAAAAAGAUUCGCCUUGCUCGCCAGACUGAUCGAUGUAGAAGGUCGGCCCAUCAAGAGAUGGAGCUUAUUUCUAAAGUAAGAAAUCCAUUCAUUGUGGACUACAAGGAUUCUUGGGUAGAAAAGGGCUGCUAUGUAUGCAUUAUCAUAGGUUAUUGUGAGGGAGGGGAUAUGUCUCAAGCUAUAAAGAAGGCCAGUGGAACUCUUUUCCCUGAAGAGAAACUUUGUAAGUGGCUUGUUCAGCUCCUUAUGGCUCUAGAUUACUUGCAUAUGAAUCAUAUUCUUCAUCGGGACGUUAAGUGUUCGAACAUUUUCCUGACAAGAGAUCGGAACAUACGGCUUGGUGACUUUGGGCUUGCUAAGAUGUUGACUUCAGAUGAGUUGGCCUCUUCUGUAGUUGGAACACCCAGUUAUAUGUGCCCAGAGCUUCUAGCUGACAUACCUUAUGGUUCUAAAUCUGAUAUUUGGUCUUUAGGUUGUUGUAUAUAUGAAAUGACUGCAUUGAGGCCUGCAUUCAAAGCUUUUGAUAUGCAAGGUCUGAUAAACAAAAUUACCAAGUCUAUAGUAGCUCCUCUUCCAAGUACAUAUUCCGGUGCAUUUAGAGGCUUGAUUAAAAGCAUGCUCCGGAAAAGCCCAGAACACAGGCCAAGUGCUGCAGAACUGCUGAGGCAUCCACAUCUUCAACCAUUUGUGAUUCAAGUCAAUCUCAAGUCCAGUCCCACUUAUAACUCUCUUCCUGUCCCUCACCCUGUUAGCAGUCACAUAAAGAAAAUCAGGUUUCAUAAUAACGAAGAUGAUUCUGUGAUGAAGGGCAAGGAGAAGAGGCACUCGUUGGGCAAUGAGAGGAUCUUGAGAGAGGAUCGACCUUCCAUUGAUCGGGAUUCAAUAAGCUCGACCAGAAGUAUUAAAUAUUAUCCAGAUAAUUUGAACCAAGGCAUGAAAGAUUUGUCAGUUGGCAGUAGUCAAGUUGGAGAUUCAGGUCUUGCUAAGACUACAAAUGUUAAGCCAAGUGUUACUAAGACUGCUAGGUUUACUCCUUCCAAAAUCUUUACGACUCCCAGGAGGCAAUCAGAACCAGCAAAAAUCAUGCAUACUGGACCAAAACAUAGAACCCCAUCAAGAACUCCAGUAGAUAGAUUGGCCCACCCCAACAGAAGAGCAUCACUUCCCAUGUCCUCAUUGAAAACGCUAGCUACAAACCACAAUGCAAAAAUUCUCCGUAGGCUGGAGUCUCCUGAUGUUUCCGUAAAUGCCCCUCGCAUCGAUAGAAUCCCUGAAUUCCCAUUAGCUUCGUCAGAAGACCCCUUCUCCACCCGCAAGAUUUAUUCAGCCCAUGGUUCAUUCUCUACUACACCAAACUACACUGAUCGCACCAUAACCAAAGACAAGUGUAUGGUCCAGAUAUUUACAGCAGAUGGGGAUAGAAGUGAUUCUUCAGGAAGAAAUCCUUCAGCUGGUGAUGCUUCAAGUAGGGGAUCAUCGGAUUCAAGGAGGAGAUUUGAUACUUCAUCAUUUAUGCAGAGGGCACAGGCUUUAGAGGGGCUGCUAGAGUUUAGUGCACGGCUUUUGCAGCAGGAGAGGUUUGAAGAGCUUGGGGUUUUGUUGAAGCCUUUUGGACCUGAGAAGGUUUCACCCAGGGAAACAGCUAUUUGGCUUUCGAAGAGCUUUAAAGAGACAACGAGCUGACCGUUAUGAAAUCUCAUGGUGUAAACUAGGGUUUGUAAUCUACUCCUUUUAUUAGAUUUCAUGCACUCCAUGAAAGGUAGAUGGAUAGACUGACAGUCGAAGCUUUUAGCAGGGCGAUAACUCCCUGCUUAAGUUGUAGCUAGCAGAUUGAUGCUGCUUUUGUAGUGUAAUUUUUUGCCAUUUUCCUGUAUGCAAGUUUCUCCGUUUUGUUUGCCCAUGAUUUAAUAUGAUAUGGAAAAUGGAAUGUUAUCCUACUAUGAGACAAGUAAA